AUGCCUGCUCUUACAAUCCCAACAUUUACGCUCCCAGGUACUGGUGAUCAGGUCCCUGCCGUCGGUUUUGGAUCCGGCUCGAAGCACAGACUCAAGAAAUGGGGAAACCCAGAGAUGAAUGACGAUUCGAUAGAUCCUGGAAUUGUUACCGUCAUUGCAGAUGCGAUAAAUGCGGGGUUUAACCAUCUCGAUGGUGCAGAGACAUACACAACAAGAGCCGAAAUGGGUCUUGCUAUCAAAGAAUCCGGUGUCGCCAGGAAACACCUAUGGAUAACUGAUAAGUAUGACCAGGGAUGGGCAAACUUCAAGCGUGCAAGUACUUCCCCUUCAGGUCCUAGGGAAAGUAUCCUGAAAGGUUUGAAGGCACUGGGGGUGGAAUACUACGAUCUAUUUCUGAUUCAUUCGCCAUUUUUCGAUGAAAAUUUGGUCAACGUUACGCUGGCGGAAGCUUGGAAACAACUGGAACAAUGUUAUGAGGAAGGAUUGGUAAAAAAUAUUGGUGUAUCUAACUUUGAUGUUGAAAAUCUAGACAAACUCAUGAAAGUUGCCACGCAUAAGCCUCAAGUGAAUCAAAUCGAAUAUCAUCUCUAUCUACAAAACCAAACGGAUGGGAUUUCCGAUUAUUGUCGGGAGAACAACAUACAGAUUGAGGCGUACUGUCCUUUGACUCCGGCUCUUGAGUCAAGAAUCAAUGACGCCAACCAUCCGUUAAAGCCGGAGUUUAAGAAGUUGUGUGAGAAGUAUAAUGUUGAGCCAAGCGUGAUAUCUCUCAGAUGGAUUUACCAAUCGGGAGUGAUACCGAUCACGACCUCAUCUAAUGCUGAGAGAAUGAAACAGGCAUUCCAGAUGUUUGAUUUCGAGCUCACCGAUGAGGAGUUCGAUACUUUGACAAAAAUUGGGAAAUCGUACAAGGUUCGUGCAUACUUCCCUGAACUUUUUGAAAAAUAA